AUGUCAGACGAAGUGUACAUGACAAGGACUAACAAUGCAAUUAACACGGAAACAGAGCGAAGGGUUAAGGCUACUCAGGUGAUAGUGAGCGUAACAAAAGAAAUUCGAUCAGCAAGAAUCGCAUUUGCAAUAGAAUACAAGCGUGAAAAAAUGGGGUAUUUCAAAUUUACACAAAUUCUUGAAACGACGACUGGACCACCCAUUGUGAACGUGAGCUACGCGUACCAGACAAUCCCCACGAAUAAGAGAAGGGAGGAAAAAGAAGAAGAAGAAGAAGAAGCAGAUGAGAAGCAAGGAGAGGAGGAGAAAGAAGGAGAGACGGAAGAAGAAGAAGAGCAUGAGAACGAAGAGAAGGAAGAGAGAGAUCACAUCGAAGACGAAGAAGGAGGAGGUGAUGAUAAUGAUGACGAUGACGGUGAUGUUAACGUUGAUGACGUUGGUGGUGAGGACGAUGACGACGAUGAAAGUGAACUGGAAGAUAAAGAGGACAUUUUAUCUGUAAUCAGGAGGGUUACUGCAAUUCUUGAGGAGAGGAAGGAAGAGCAAGAUGGCGGGGAUGAAGAAGAUGAUGAUGACAGCAGUGGUGCUGAAGAAGAAGAAGAAGAAGCAGAUGAGAAGCAAGGAGAGGAGGAGAAAGAAGGAGAGACGGAAGAAGAAGAAGAGCAUGAGAACGAAGAGAAGGAAGAGAGAGAUCACAUCGAAGACGAAGAAGGAGGAGGUGAUGAUAAUGAUGACGAUGACGGUGAUGUUAACGUUGAUGACGUUGGUGGUGAGGACGAUGACGACGAUGAAAGUGAACUGGAAGAUAAAGAGGACAUUUUAUCUGUAAUCAGGAGGGUUACUGCAAUUCUUGAGGAGAGGAAGGAAGAGCAAGAUGGCGGGGAUGAAGAAGAUGAUGAUGACAGCAGUGGUGCUGGUGACAGUGGAGAUGAUAAUUACAGCAGUGGUGCUGGUGACAGUGGAGGUGAUGAUGAUAGUGAGGACGAUGACGGUGAUGAUGCUAAUGGUGGCUGUGAUGACGAUGACGAAGAUGAGUGGGACUGUGAUAGUGAUGGUGAUGACGCUGACAAAGAAGAAGAGAAACAAGUCGAAAAACAUGUGAAGAUUAAAGAGGAGGAACUAGAAGAUGAAGCGACGAUGGUUAAGGAAGAGAAAGUGGAAGAGGACAAGAAAACAGAAGAAAGAGUGAAGGUCAAGGAGGGGAACAGGAAAAGACAAGAGAGAAGAGAACGAAGCGAAGCUUAA